AUGGCCGAGAACGCUCCUGCUUCCAACCCCUCCUCGCUGCCUUCGGGCCCCCAGCCCGCUGCCGGCGCUCAGAACCAGCAGUACGACGGUGCUCAAGGCAACGGCCAGACCAACAACCCCUCCCACAUGCCCCCGCCUCCGCGGCCUCCUGUGGUCAUUCCCCAGAACACGAACCCCAUUCCAACCGCCAUGUCCUCGCCCAUGUCUGGCGGCAUGAUGUCUCCCACCAGUGCGGGUGGCUACACCCCCCGCGUGACGGAGGAUAUUCUCAAGCAGAUCUUUGAGACCACUGGCCAUGUGGUUAGCGUGAAGAUUAUCCCGGACAAGAAUUUCAACAGCAAGGGCUACAACUAUGGCUUCGUUGAGUUUGAUGACCCCGGUGCUGCUGAGCGCGCCAUGCAAACCCUGAAUGGCCGCCGUAUCCACCAGUCGGAAAUUCGCGUCAACUGGGCUUACCAGUCCAACAGCACCAGCAAGGAAGACACUUCUAACCACUUCCACAUCUUCGUCGGUGACCUGAGCAACGAAGUGAACGACGAGAUAUUGACUCAGGCUUUCUCUGCCUUUGGCUCGGUCUCCGAGGCCCGUGUGAUGUGGGACAUGAAGACUGGUCGCUCCCGUGGUUACGGCUUCGUCGCCUUCCGGGAUCGCGCAGAUGCGGACAAGGCGCUCAACGCGAUGGAUGGCGAGUGGCUCGGCUCUCGCGCUAUCCGCUGCAACUGGGCCAACCAGAAGGGCCAGCCCUCGAUCUCUCAGCAGCAGGCCAUGGCCGCUAUGGGCAUGACCCCGACCACUCCCUUUGGUCACCAUCAUUUCCCUACCCAGGGCAUCCAGAGCUACGACAUGGUUGUGCAGCAAACCCCGCAGUGGCAGACCACCUGCUACGUCGGUAACCUCACUCCCUACACCUCUCAGAACGACCUCAUCCCCCUGUUCCAAAACUUCGGAUAUGUUCUCGAGACUCGUCUCCAGGCCGACCGGGGUUUCGCCUUUGUCAAGAUGGACUCGCAUGAGAAUGCAGCAAUGGCCAUUUGCCAGCUGAAUGGUUACAACGUCAACGGCCGCCCUCUGAAGUGCAGCUGGGGCAAGGACCGACCUCCCACCGGCCAGUUCGAUAACUUCUCCCCGCAGCAGGCUAGUGCUCCUCCCUUCAACAAUGGCCCUGGAUUCUUCCCUCAGUAUGGCGGUCCCGCAAACCCCAUGAACCAAGGUCCUACCCCUGCUGGUCGAGGCUGGGACCAAGGCAACAAUUUUGGUGGCCCCAGCAUGCCCACCCAGGCCUAUGCACAAGGCAACGCCGGCGGCUACGGUCGUGGUCAGCCCAUGUCCCCGUCUGGUAACUGGGACCAGUCCAACAACAACUUCAACGGAGCCUACCAGGCGUAG